UUUUAUAUUUUAUGUAUCGUACAGAAUAAUAGAGCGCAGGCUAAAGUGCAGUUCGGCCCCAGCGAGUCUCUCAGCGCGGCGUGUCUCACAGCGCAGGGGGCAGCCGGAGCGCCGCAGACUCGGGCGGCUACAUGAGUAUAUUGGGAAUAAAAUACUCCUGCCAGCUGACGCUGGACCCCAACACAGCACACAGAUUCCUGUCUCUGUCAGGGGGGAACAGGAAGCUGACACUGGGGGCAAAGCAGCCAUAUCCUGAUCAUCCAGAGAGAUUUGACAGAUGGAGCCAAGUUCUAUGCAGAGAGAGUCUGACUGGUCGCUGUUACUGGGAGGCUGAGUGGGAUGGAGAUGGAGCCCUGAUAGGAGUGACUUAUAAAGGGAUCAGGAGGAAAGGAGGGAGUUAUGACUGUGUGUUUGGAGUCAAUGACAAGUCAUGGAGUCUGUGCUGUAAUACUGACAGUUACUCUGUCCUGCACAAUAAUAAACAGACUCUCAUACCCAUAGAGCCCUCAGGUCCCCGCAGAGUAGGAGUGUAUCUGGACUGGGGGGCUGGUGCUCUGUCCUUCUACAGAGUCUCCUCUGAUGGACUGACCCCCCUGCACAGAUUCACCUCCUCAUUCACUGAGUCCCUCUAUCCAGGGUUUGGGGUUUAUCCAAACUCCUCCGUGUCGCUGUGCAUGCUGGGAUAGCUCACUGUGUGCUGGAGGAAUCAUUUUUACCGUAUCAGAGUCUCACAUGUCGCUGCUUCUCCGUGGCAAAAAGGUAAAAUCUCUGCUUUAUAACCAGUAUAACCCUUUUUACUCUGUCUGAAGUGUGAUGUAUGUUAAUAAUUGGGUUCUGUAAGCUGAACAAACAUGUAGAAUGACUGUUUUUCUCUGACUUAUGUUCUAUGUUGGCUGUAAAUGCACCAAAACUGCCUAAACAAAUUCAUAGUACAUGCAGUUGUACCAAUGGAGUGAAUUCUGAUUCUGAAUAAAAUAAAAUGUAAUGAAA